GCGGCGGCGGAUCCAGACGCGACGCGGGAUGGAGACAGACAAGCAGGGCUGCGUGCCCGCGUGGUGGCACAUGGUCACGUGGAACCUGAGAUCUUUCCCAUACUCCUGUUCAACCCUCAGAAGAAAAAUUGCCACUCUGUGUGACAGCUUUACAACUAAAUCAUUAAACGAACAUAUUUUCCCUCCUCUGAUGCACAUGGUGAUUUUUUUCAACUUUUUCAAAGCACCAUUUCUUGUGGAUUUAAAGAAACCGGAGUUAAAGAUUCCUCACACAGUGAGCUUCUACAUCAAAGGUGAACCUAGGGUGAUUCUGGGAACAUGGCACACAGUUUCUAGCUGCCGGUGGGGGGAGGAUGCUAAGGGGAAGGGCCGUAGCUGCUACGAAGCAGCCCUCCAUGACGGCAACCCAAUUAUUGUUUAUCUUCAUGGCAGUGCAGAACACAAGGCAGCUCCUCAUAGACUUGAGCUAGUAAAGGUGCUGAGUGACAGUGGUUUUCAUGUCUUGUCUGUUGACUACGGAGGGUUCGGGGACUCGACGGGUAAACCCACGGAGGAUGGGCUGACUGCGGAUGCUGUCUGUGUCUAUGAAUGGACCGAGGCGAGAAAUGGUACCACCCCUGUGUGUCUCUGGGGCCACUCUCUGGGAACAGGAGUUGCAACAAAUGCUGCAAAAGUUCUAGAAGAGAAAGGAUUUCCAGUUGAUGCUAUUAUCUUGGAGGCUCCAUUUACCAACAUAUGGGUUGCAAGUAUCAAUUAUCCCUUGUUAAAGAUUUACUGGAAACUUCCAGGAUUUUUAAGCACGGUUAUGGAUGCCCUGAGGAAAGACGAACUAGUCUUCCCCAGUGAUGAAAAUGUUAAAUUCCUGUCGUCUCCCCUUCUUAUCAUACAUGGUGAGGAUGACAAAACGGUGCCUUUGGAAUUUGGAAAAAAGCUCUAUGAAAUUGCACACAAUGCAUAUAGGAACAAAGAGAGGGUGAAGGUGGUGAUCUUUCCUCCUGGCCUCCAACACACCUUCCUGUGUAAAGGCACCACACUGUUAAAAACCGUGAGAGGUUUCCUGAGCCAGCAGUGGGCGUGAGGUCUGAGUACAGCGGAGAGUGAAGACUUGGUCCAAACACCACUUGUGGUGUAUAUUUCUUAUGUAAAACUGUACUGGGCUGCUUGGGUGAGCUGAAGUUACUGACAUUUCUAGAAGUCACUUGCCAUUUUAGUAAGGGAAAGCACGGACGCUGGGCAUUAUGGAAUGUUCUUGUUUAGCUUGUCAUAGUCUACUUUGUGGAACAUGCCAAAACUUCACUGUGGAGAAUCAGAAUUUGGUAAAAAUUUGAUCCCAUCUAAAAAUGUACAGUUACCAAACGU